UCAUAUCCUCUUCAGCGCUCCGUUUGAAGUAGAUGGUAAAGUUUAUCUCUGCAACCAAUAAUGAUUAAUCGAAUUUUCGCGCGUUUGUUAGAUUACCCCGAUAGCAAAAUGUAAACAUUUGAUGACUCGUAUUUGAAUCAGACAACUUGAUUUGAUUGUUAAACCCUCUAUAUAGUGUGUGACAGCAUUUAAAAGCGACCGGCCGCUCAAAAUAAUGUAAACAACGAUAGUAAGAGAUCUGCGGAGUGAGAAGAUCGCAGCCGCAUCCAGAGCUGUUACAUGAAUAUAUGUGACCGUUUGAAACACGACAUGUGUGUGAUUUGCUCCUCUGCGUCUUAGGAAGGGCUCAGUCGGAAUCAGUGAUGUCUGUGAACCUGACUCCGGAGCAGCAGCGGAGGAUAGAAGAGAACAGACAGCGAGCUCUGGCCAGAAGAGCCGAGAGACAGGCUCAGGUGAGACCCGGAUGUGCCCACACACAAGCACACACAGCCACAGGAGGCCCUGCAAAGUGUGCACCUGGUCAUCUGGUACAUCCAGGGGCCCCUGGUCAGUGUACAGGACAGCUGGGCACCAGAAGCCACUCUGUCCAGGUGGCUCCGUCGUCUAAUGUUUCUUCUGCAACUAAUAGCUUUUAUGGACAGCUGAGCAAACCGACCCCAGGAGAAAAGCGACCAUCUAAACUCCCUGAGGCCGGAGGAAGUGUCCCUGCAAAGAAGCCAGCGGUGUCCGUCAAAGGGAAGUGCGUGUCACACUCAGAAAAUCGUUUCCGAGUGGAGGUCGGCUACCAUGCGGAGCUCAUCACUGUAUUCAAAAGCGUUCCCUCUAAGAACUACGAUCCUGCUACAAGGAUGUGGAACUUCAGCCUUGAGGACUACCAGAUGCUGAUGGAGCAGGCAGCGAGUCUCCCCUCCGUCUCUCUCAAACCUCUGGAUGGGAUGGAAGCGCUGAAUUUUUCAGCGUCCACCAGUCGACCCAAAGAUGCAGCAGCUCUGGCGGCUCUGAUGAGGCUCUGUCAGGGCUGGCAGAAACCAGGUGCCGUGGUGAAGGGGAAGUGCGUUGUUGUGUCUCGCUGUCGGCUGGAGGUGGAUAUUGGAUACCAGGCCGAUGUUAUUGCAAUCUUCAAGAAAAUGCCGUCCAAAAAUUAUGACAUGAAGACCAGAAAGUGGAAUUUCCUUCUCGAGGACUACGGGAAGCUCAUGGCAGAGCUGAGUGAGCUGCCUGCGGUGGAGAUGGAGCCUUUGCCUCCCGCUGUGCUGCAGUCCUUCUCCGCUCAGUUUGAGAAGAGCGAGUCCAGAGCUCCAGUCCCUCCUGAGGCCGAUCUCUCACACGUGGAUCCGCAGCUCACACGCAGCCUCAUGCCCUUCCAGAGAGACGGGGUCAAUUUUGCAGUGUCCAGAGAGGGCCGUUUGCUCCUGGCUGAUGAUAUGGGUCUGGGAAAGACGGUCCAGGCCAUCUGUAUCGCUGCCUACUACAAGAGUGAGUGGCCUCUGCUGGUGGUGGCUCCGUCCUCAGUGCGCUUCACAUGGGCCGAGGCUUUCCGGCGAUGGCUGCCGUCCGUCAGAGCCGACAGCAUUAAUGUGGUGGUUACAGGCAGAGACAGCCUUCGCUCCGGCCUCAUCAACAUCAUCAGCUAUGACCUGCUCAACAGGAUGGACAAACAGCAGCCGUCCAGCCCCUUCAGUGUCAUCAUUAUGGACGAGUCUCACUUCCUGAAGAACAUGAAAACAGCCCGCUGCCGGGCGGCUCUUCCUCUGCUGAAGACGGCGAAGAGAGUGAUCCUGCUGUCAGGAACGCCUGCCAUGUCCAGACCUGCUGAGCUCUACACUCAGAUCCUGGCUGUGAGGCCGUCCCUGUUUCCACGCUUCCAUGACUUCGGCACACGCUACUGUGAUGCCAAACAGCUGCCGUGGGGCUGGGAUUACUCCGGCUCGUCUCAUCUGGGUGAACUGAAGCUGCUGCUGGAGGAGACUCUGAUGCUCCGCCGCCUCAAAUCAGAGGUGCUCUCGCAGCUUCCCGCCAAACAGCGGAAGGUGGUUACCGUGACGACAGACGGCACCAACUCCCGCACCAAAGCCGCUCUCAACGCCGCUGCCAAAGAGCUCGCCAGAGGAUACCACAACAAGUCACAAGAGAAGGAAGCGCUCCUGGUUUUCUUCAACCACACAGCAGAGGCCAAGAUCAGAGCCAUCAUGGAGUACAUCUCAGACAUGCUGGAGUGCGGACGAGAGAAGUUUCUGGUGUUUGCUCAUCACAAACUGGUGCUGGACAGUAUAACCAAAGAGCUCGCUGAGAAGGGAAUCAGUUACAUUCGUAUCGACGGCUCGACGGCGUCGGCGGAGCGACAGCAGCUGUGUGACCGCUUCCAGUCGUCACAGAAGAGCUGCGUGGCUGUUCUGUCCGUCACCGCCGCUAACAUGGGGCUCACGCUGCACUCGGCUGACCUCGUAGUGUUCGCAGAGCUCUUCUGGAACCCCGGAGUCCUGAUUCAAGCGGAGGACCGGGUGCACAGGAUCGGACAGACCAGUAAUGUGGACAUUCAUUACCUGGUGGCCAAAGGCACAGCGGACGAUUACCUCUGGCCCAUGAUACAGGAGAAGAUGAAUGUUUUGGAGCAGGUCGGUUUGUCUGAAUCCAACAUUUCAGAGAAGGCAGAAUCUGCCAGCUUUCACAGCAAGGAUCCUCAUCAGCUGUCCAUCACUGAGAUGUUCCAGAGGUCCUUUGAUGAGGAGGAGAUGCUUGCUUUAGUUGAUCAAGAUCAGUAAGAAUGCUAAUCUUUGCAUAAAAAAAUGUUUCAGUUGCUUUGAAAACCAAUCACUGGACUGGAGAUUUUGUUUGUGACAAAAUGACUAAAUAAAGCCUAAAUAUUUUUGAAA